CUUGCCUUUAGUAGCGCUCCGGACUCGGCGAGGUUCGGUCGACAGUGUUGUUAAAGUUCUGUUCGUUUCGGCAUUUCACUCGUCACAUGACAUUCUUCUGACAUCAUCGGAACCCCACGGAGGGCGAUGGUGGCGCAGAGCUCGGAGGUGUCGAUGGCUCCCAAGGCAGGCUCCCAGCAGCCUGGAGCGGUCCAAGCCAAGCAGGUUCGGACGGCUUCGGUGGAGUUAACCCUUGCCGAAUUAGAGGCGAUGGCCGUCCGGCAGACCGAAGAAAUGGCGGUCCAGCGGCAGGCCCUCGCUGCCAGGGAGGCCAGGCUCAGGUACCUGAAGGAGAGCCAGUGCCGCGCGGGGCAGGUCGCCGCGGAGCAGGACCGGCUGCGGCGGCUGCGGGAGCGGGUGGAGGCCCAGGAGUUGAAGCUGAGCAGGCUGAGGGCUUUGCGGGGGCAGGUCGACCACGGCAAGGCAACCAACGCCGCGCUCAGUUCGGACUUGGACUCGAUCCGGGCGCUCUUCAACGAGAAGGAGAAGGAGCUGAGCCUGGCGGUGGCGAAGGUGGAGGAACUGACGCGGCAGCUGGAGGAGGUUCGCCGGGGGCGACAGUCUGCAUGCCCGCCGCCGCUCUGCCAGGAGCUCGACCGGCUGAGGCGGGAGCUACUGUACCGCAACAAGCUGAACGAACAGCAGACGGCCCGACUGAGCGAACAGCGAGAGGUGCUGUGCCAGAGGCAGAUGGAGAUGGUCAGCAUCGACAAGAGGAUCGCGGAGCUGCAAGAACGGCUACACCGGAAGCGGCUGCUAAACCAGGAGCUCGCUAACCAGAUCACAGCCGCCUCCAACAAGGCGUCCCCUUCCCAACUAGCCAGGGGACAGAGCGGGCAGCUGCAGGGCAAGCAGCCGAUCCUGAGGUCGGUCCAGAGCGGGAACAUCGCCGCUGUGGAGCCCUACCACCACGUCCCGGCCUUCGCCAGCCCCCCGCCCGCCGAGCAGGAGUUCUCCAAGCCGUCCGAGAUUAUGAAAAGUGGUUUUGGGUCCGGCAACGAAGGCACAAAACCAUUGAGCGCGCCAGCUACUCACCAUUACGUACAAGAGACAAAAGGCAGUGGUGGAAUAGGAUCUGAGGAAGGAUUCGGCCUGGGGAAAGCUGACCCAAAAUAUCAGACCCUGCCUUACAACACCAAGUUCUGUGGGGCCAAGAGGCAAGGAGCCGAUGGCAACGAAAGUAACGACAAUAUUGAGGGAAAUAAAUCCAAUAAUUCUUCAUUAUUGAACAAUAACAAUCAAAUUAAUGUUGCUCACAGUGCUCCUAUAUUACCUGGCGGAAGGAAAGAGUUAGCGAUGGCCCUUGCUAACCAGAAGCAUCAGCAGCCAUCAUCGUCGCCCACGUCCUCCACCAGUUCUUAUUCGUCAAUAUCUCACCUCUCUCACAGGGUUUAUGGAAGUAACUUGCUCAACUCAUCGCUUCUUGCACGAGGCCAGCCUGUCGGUGGGUCGACGACAUCUUCGACAUCAUCCCUUGCAAGCGGAGGGAGUGCUAGCAGUCACCUGGUGGCUACCGUAACAAGUCAACCAACAGCAGUUACGUCACGCCUCACCCUACCUCCGACGCCACUUAUUUCUGAUAUUCAGAAACCUGUAAAUACUGUCUCACCGACGGCUCUUCAACAAUUUUCUAAUGUUUACCAAACAUCGUCUACCAAAGUUCAUCCUGUUCAGCCACAGACGAUCAACCCACCAUCACCGCAGGGUGUUAAAGAAGAUGUAGAUAAGCCUGCUUUACCGCCUAAGCCUAGUGUCAAACCACAACCACCGCCGCGGCAAACCCACUCCAGCGUAGAGGUAAAAGAAACAGGCAUCCCCCUUCCGUCUGGCCUCUCAGUUCUCACCACCCAGAAAAGCAUUGAGUACAACUUGAGCGCUAACGAUGAAAGUAGUAAACAAAAGGAGUUAGUGAUUAAACCAAGACCGCUCACGAUCAAGAAACAACCACUCAGCGAAAUUCCAAGGCUUAGGUCGUUUGUUUCAAAAGAAGAUGAGGAAAAAAGAUUGGGUGAAGAAUGUGUUCAAAAUAACAAUAGUCUCAGUAGCAGGACAGGGAUUGAUAAUAAUGCCAACAGUAACAACAACAAUAACAGUGCUACGGUCAACAAUAACUCGAUGAACCUCCUCGACAGGGUCGGAAUUAUCAAGGAAGACGAGAGGAGGGAAGAGACGGCGAGCAUCGACAGUCCGGAUAGAGCCGCUCUCGACGACUCUGACCUUAGCGACAGGGAUUCAGCUUCUCAAAUCGGUAGUGACUCUGGUCAAAAGAAAGGGAACCUGAAGGGAGUGGGUGAGAAGACGUCGCUGUCUCGACGAGUGUCCUUUGAUCCUUUAGCUCUUCUCCUGGACGCCUCCCUCGAAGGAGAGCUGGAGCUGGUAGCCAGGACGGCAGGGCAGGUGAAGGACCCUUCAGCUGCCAACGACGAGGGUAUAACAGCUCUCCACAACGCGAUCUGCGCUGGUCAUCUCGACAUAGUAACCUUCCUUGUUAGGUUUGGUUGUGAUGUCAAUGCUCAAGACAGCGAUGGCUGGACUCCCCUCCACUGUGCCGCAUCGUGUAAUAACACGACUAUGGUGAGAUUCCUCGUAGAGCACGGAGCAUGCAUAUUUGCGACAACUCUUUCUGAUCACGAGACAGCGGCAGAGAAGUGUGAAGAAGAUGAAGAAGGUUUUGAUGGCUGCUCUGAAUAUCUAUACAGUGUUCAAGAAAAGCUUGGUAUCAUGAAUGGCGGUAUUGUCUACGCUGUUUUCGACUACGAAGCCCACAACAACGAUGAGCUGAGCUUCAAAGAGGGUGACCGCCUAGUCGUGCUGAGGAAGGGGGACGAGUGGGAACGGGAGUGGUGGUGGGCCCGCCUGGGCGAUGCCGAGGGCUACAUACCAAGGAAUCUGUUGGGGCUCUACCCAAGAGUUCAUCCAAACAAGAACCAAGAGGAAUGAUGUGAACCUGCCGCAGCAUGUUGAUGUUGUAGUAUUUAUCGUGGUGCAUUGUACUUUAGGAAAAUGUGCUCCUAACAAGGCAUAUAUCGAUUAUUUUCUCUGCUUGGCAUUAGUUUUUAAUCGUGUGAGACUGUGGCCCAAUUGGUCGUACAUCAUUUGCUAUUAGUUACUAUUUUGUUUUGAACACACCGUGUGCCUUUUAUGCUUGAUAGCUACUGACGUUGUAGGAGUUGAAAAUUGUUUUUAUUUUGUAAAUAGAUUCUAAAAAGAAAAAGUUAAAAUAAAACCUCACUUUAAUUUAUUGAUUUUUUGACACAAAAUAAAGCUUAAUUAAAAGGUAUGUUAUCACUGCUAUAAAUGAUUUAUUUAUUUAGUUGAAUGAAUGAAUCCUGCUGAAAAUUCACUGCUCACUGAAUUUUCCCUAGUUGGUCGUCUGUCAUGCACCCUUUCUUUUAAUAACCAAAGACACAGCAGAGCUAUUUUGAAAAUUUGUUGUGUCUAUGACUGAUGUUAAUGCCUCGAACUGCCAGUCAGUGUUGUCGUAAGUCAUAUCUGAUAAUUACGAUAUUAAAAAUAAUACUUAAUAUUUUUGCCUUCUACAAAAUUAGAACGGUUCGAAAAAGUAUGGUACUACAGGGAGUAGAUAACGAUGACAUCUCUUUAAGCUCUCAAUUUCUAAGCUUGCUCCUCUUGGAAGCGUCGUGAAGAUCAUAUCAUACAUUUCAUGUUUAAUUCAUAUCAUAUUCCAUAUCAUUGAGAUGUUGUGUUCAAUAAAUGAUUAUUUGAUAUCUCCUUUAUAGCACCAACUUGUCAGCUUUAAAUUUUCCAUUAAUUUAUUAUAAAAUUUUAAAUUAAAAAACUAUCAAAUCGAUUCUAUUUUAGGAAAUAGCGUUGAACCAUUCAAGCUAAAAAGAAUUUUACAUUGUAUCAAAAUUAUAAUGUACAGUAAAAUCUCGUUUUCCUGUAAUGAAGAAGGAACAUGGAUUGUAAUUUGGAAAAAAAAAUCUAAAAGUAAUGCCUAAAUGGCCUUUUAUCUAAUUCGAUAUAUUAUGAAAUGUGUUAAUAUAUUAUGUAAACAAUAACUGUUUAAUUUUUAUUGAAAAUAAUAUUGUUAAAUGUUUAUUAGAAAGCUCAUUGUUUGUUAGAUCAUCCAAUUGAAUAAUUAUUUCAGAAUUUCUGAAAACCAUUUUUCUAAAUCUAUUUUUUUUUUUUUUUUUACAUUGAAUUUCUUACUAUGGAUUCUUUUACAAAAUGAUUAUUCUGUAGCUGAAAUGAAAUUUCGGUCUUAAAAAAAAAAAAUUUUGAUCAUCUGUUGUUUUGUUUUUUCUUGAUAGUAUCAGAAAUACAGAUUCCAUUAUAAUUAAUUAAAAAGGCAGGUAGUUCGAGAUUUUACUGUAUAUAUUUUGUUUAAUUUUUGUAAAUAUGAUGGCAAAACUUUGAGAUAAAUCUUGAAUUAACUUUAUACAUCCUUUUAUGAUGAUCACCAAAAUAAGUUAUUAUCCUGUUUGAAUGUUUUUUUUACAUAUUUUUGAUGUACCAUAUUUUUCUAACAGAUAUUAGCUUAUUCAUUGAUUGUAAAUUAUGUCUAAGUUGAUAAAUUAUUUAAAAGAAGAAGACUAUUUCUUUUUUCUUAAGAAAAAGUUAACUUUCCAUAUCAGGUUUAAAUAAAUAUAUGUGAAAGGAAGGUUGGAAACUGAUAAUGUUUCAUUAUUUUUCUCUACUUGUUAAUUACGAUUGUUAAAAAUUAAUUGUAUUUUGUAAAUUGUAAAUGGAAGAUUUUAUUUUAUUUAUGAGACGAUAAACAUUUGUUUAUGUUGAAAAUUGUUUAUAUACUCUGUUAUUAAUGUAUAGACAGGUCCGCGGUGGUAUGUAGAUACUGAAUCGUUUUGUACAUAUCCGAUUUUUGCGUUACACUUUACCUCCUAAAACUGUACCAGAUCUUGUUGUAUAUUAUAUAUUAUUAGCGUUUAGUUUUAUCAUUACAGACCAAAUUCCUUCUCUGGAUAAGAAUUCCAAUAUGUUUAAUUAAAUGUUAAUUUGUUUAAAUAUUGAAGAAAAAUGAAAUUAUGUGCCUUUACCUGAACAAUUAUAAUUAAGUAUAAAUAACUGAAUGAAAUAUGUAUAGAGAAAGUUAUAUAAAAUAUCAUAUUUGACAUUGUUAUUUGAAAAGUUUGUAUUUUAUAAAAUUGUUUUAAAUAUAUAUUCAAUUAUGUACAUGAACCUUAUAAAGAUGUAAUUAAUUUUACUUAUUAUACACAAAUAAUUAUUA